AUAAUCAUAACAAAAAACUAAUAAACUAAAAAAAUAUUAUUAUUUUUUUUUUUGCAGCGCCCUCUAUGUUUCACUAGUUGCAUAAAGGUGAUCUUUCAAACGUGCCGUUAGUUGUCUUUUGCUUUUUCUUCCCUUGUUGUAUUAAAAAAUACUAUAAAGUCUUCUUUAACAUUCCUAAAGAGUUAUGCACUUAUAAAAUAACUUUUAAAUAACUUUAACCUGUUAUGAUGUGAUGUUUCUUUAUAUCAUAUCAAGCUUUUCGUGCAUGUUUCAAAUACAUUUCUUUUAAGCAGUUUCCCGAUUAAACUAACAAACGCCGCAGAAAACGCAUCCCGGAAAGAGAAGCACUCGCAUCAAGUUUGGCGAAUUUUGAAUAUUUUAAACCCAUUAUAAACCACGUACAAUAUCGUAACAGCAUCAUGUACUCGCUUCACUUCACACUUUCAGUCGCACCUGACAAACUUAAAAACUUUAGCAUCAACAUACAUCCAGCGUCGAUAUCAAGCGAACGCAUUUACGCGUCCCAAACUGUUCCUCGGAAGCUAACGUUCGCAUCUCCGACUAUUUUCGACACGGUACACGAACUCAAAAGUAAACAAAAACUUACCCCUCUGCUUUCCUUCUGCUUACGCGCUUCCUGCGUUUGUGUGCUUCUCGCUGGAAUUCGGAUUAUCAAAGCCCACCAUGAGCGCAUGACGCUGAGUUCCCGUGUCGUUGCAGCACGCACGAAUGUUUUCCCUUGCAAAAGCACGAACCAAAGUUGCGGGACCCGUAAACGAAAACAAAACCUUCUGCCCAAGUGAAAAACAACAAUUGCCGCGCGCAGGAAAAAUGUUUUACUCCACAGCGGAACAGUCAACAACGCAGGUAGCUCCGAGCAUGAUUUCCCAGUGACCACUCUGGCGGGUCGAUUCUCACCGGAGCAAAUCUUGGCUGCUCAGAUGCUCAGAUCGGAGAACACGCGACGGCCAACUCAUUCAGUGAGCGACGUUCAAGCCGAACGCACGUCUUUGGGCCGGUGAUCGGGCGCGAUCGUAAGGGUGAGCGAAAGAUCAGCUCAAACCAACCAUCGGAAGCACUGUGUGCGUGUGUUCCCUUACCAGACACCUGCGCGACUGUCAAGCAGAAAAGAAGGAAGCCAUAUUACAGUGUUUCGAUUAGCACAAUUACAGCGUGGUGUUGAAGAUCGUGAUCGAUGCAUUCAGUGGUUAAUAUGGUUUUUGAGUGAACAGAGUAGAAAGAUUUCAACCGUCUACAAGAAACGAACCUUCUUCAUCCGAAAUUCCACACUAUACCCACUCUGGCCCAUAUUCUGUUGGCCGCACACGGAACCGGUUACCAGAGAAACUUCAACAUCCUCAUCCCGUGGUCUCGCUGAGUCACACGAUACACAAACGGCACGGCAGUGUUUUUUUUUAUUUUGUUCCUCUCUCCUUUGCUUGAAUUCUCCUUUCUUUCGAUUUGGUUAUUCAACGCCAACGGGAGACGGGUCACCGUGUAUAUCUGCUGGUGGUAGUGACGAGCGAAAGGCGAAAGGCAAAAGAAACGGUCACGCAAAAGCCGCCCGGUUUUACUGACCGUAGACCGAUCGGUGCUGCUGUACGAUCUUCGCAGAUUGGAAAUGAGUCAACGAUCUUUAAGGGCAGCUAGCAAACAAACGAAAAAAAGCCCCUCCGUGCCGUGAGCCAAUAACGAUCGUGCAUCCUGUUGAAGUGAAGUAGAGUGGAAUGGCGAAAAAAAAGUGCAUAAGUUAGAUGAAUAGCCAAAUACCCGCAUUUGGAGCGUAUGAUCUUCGUCCAAAGUUUGAUCAAUGUGGUACAAUUUUGUGGUGCCCGUAAGGUUUCCUCGUGAAGUGAGCGCAAUCAUUGCGGUGAAUUGAGUGUGAUAAGAGAAAGAAAAAAAACGAGGAGAAACCUUCGAAGUUGUGAGUGUGUGGAAAGAAGUGCAAACGAUCGCAAUCGCUCUGACCCGCAGAAUGACAUAGCAGCAGGUGGGCAAUUUUAUGUUUGGAUGAAGUUGACGUCUAGAUGUGAAGCUUUUUUUUGUGCAUGGUCACAGUGUAGUAACCUAUUCAAGUGUUUAAAGUCAAGGCAUAUUUAAGUGCUGAAAGACGUUUAAAAAACGCUGUCGGUAGUGGAUGUGUCUCUCAAUAGUUCCGGAAUAGGCGUGUGCAAUUUUUUGUUUUAUUGAAUGGUGGUGGACACCUUCGAAUAGCAAAAAAACACCAGACAUCCUCCAAACCGGUACAGCUGCCAGGCCAGGAGCCACUCAACCAUGGCAUUGCAACCGUGCAGUAGAAUGAUGCACCCGGAGGUGAAACUGGUUUCACUGCUGAUGUUAUUGCUGUUGCAGCAAGUUUCCCAAGCUCAGAUCAUCAACCGGACGCCACACUUUAUCCCGGGCAGCGGUGAUAUGGCCCGGUUCAGUCUGCUCGAAAAUACACCGGUCGGCAGUGUGGUGUACCAGUUGCGCGGUGUUGACCCCGAGGGCAGUAAGUUACGCUUCAGUAUCUCCGGACCUGUAUUUAGCGUCGAUCGCGACAGUGGCGUUGUACGGUUGCGUCAAUCAUUGGACCGCGAACAGCAGGACACGGUGGAAGUCAUCAUAAGCCUUACGGAUGAGGGCAUACUAGGAACCGAACCGAACACAGUCUCUUUGAGACGGGAAAUUCCAAUCCGGGACUACAAUGACAAUCCACCAGUUUUCGUGGGCCGUCCGUACAGUGCUACGAUCAGCGAAUCUACGAAACCGGGCAGCAAUGUCACGGUUACACCGGACAUCAUUGCCACCGAUCAGGAUGAGGGAAUGAAUGCGGAACUUACCUUCAGCUGCUAUCAGGACCCGACAAAGGGUGCAGACGAUAUCUGUGAGGUGUUCACCGUACACACGGAAAAGAUCGCCCAAGGGAAGUUCGGUGCGUGGAUCGAGCUGCGCCGUCCUUUGGACUUUGAAACGAGACCGUCUUACAUUCUCACCAUCCAGGCACGGGAUGGUUCACCAACGAAUUCGCUUCGUGCUGUAGCGUCCGUUGCCAUCACUAUUCUGGAUGUGCAGGAUCAGCCACCGAUCUUCAUCAAUGCUCCCUAUUCGGCCACCAUUCCGGAGAAUACGAUCGAGGGUACGCGAGUGCUCACCAUCAACGCAACCGACGGUGACACGGGUAGUCCUAAUCCACUAAUGCUAAUGCUUGAAAAUGAACCGAUGGGUCACUUCUGUCUUAACUACAUUGGUCAUCCACGAUCAGGUGUGGCAGAGUUGAUCACCACUGGUAAACCGCUCGAUCGCGAAGAUCCUAUCAUCACACAGAAUGGAGGCGCAUACACAUUCUCAAUUCGUGCAACGGAGCUGAUCAACAACGAGCUGCCGGGUGAUUCGACGACCUCACAGAUCACGAUCGUACUGACGGAUGUAGACGAUCACGUACCGGAGUUCAAUCAACCGUCGUACGAAGUGUCUAUCCCCGAGAACCUCGAGCAAGAUACACCUCUUCCAGGGCUAGCAAUCGUAGUAACGGAUCGGGAUCUUGGCCCUAACAGUCGGUAUACCCUCGCACUACGCAAUAUUCACAAUUCCGAAGGCGUGUUUGGUGUUGUCCCGACGCAUGGUGAAGGUCGCACACCGAUCGUGGUCAAGGUGUUGGAUUCGUCCCGUCUAGACUACGACGUACCGAGUGAGGAUGCGAAAACGUUCCGCUUCCAACUGGUAGCAUCGGUCGAUGGUGAGGAGAAAUCUACGGCCACCGUGACGGUACGAUUGCAGGAUGCAAAUGAUAAUUCGCCCACCUUUCCACAGUCCACGUACUCGCUGCAAGUGCGCGAAAAUUCUCCGCAGGGUUUCAAGAUUGCGGACCUGAGCGCUACCGACCAUGAUGCCGGCAUGUUCGGUCAGCUAUCGUACGUGGUGAAAGGUUUUGGGGCAGAGUUUUUCCGCACGCAUCCUACCGAAGGUGGGCUGUACGUCGAGCGGCAGUUAGACUAUGAGGAACAGAAGAGCUACAGUUUGGCGCUGGUUGCCAGAGACGGUGGUGGACGCGAAACGAACGCCAACGUGUUCAUAGACGUGAUGGACGAGAACGAUAACUAUCCGUCGUUCGAAGCGCUCGAGUAUACUCGCACCAUACGGGAAGGAGCGACCGAGUUUGAGCCACAGUUUUUUGUACGCGCCAUUGACGUCGAUGGGCCAACACAAGGCGGUGGACGGGUAUCGUACACGAUUGAGUCGGAAAACAGUAUAUCGGGGCAUGUAUUUACGGUGGAUCAAGACAGUGGAGAGAUUCGGAUUACAAGACCCGUCAGCUCGAUGGAUACGGACCGUGGUCAGUACGAGUUGCUAGUGGUCGCUACCGAUCACGGUGUACCACCGCUCAAGAAUGAUACGCGCGUACUGGUGCGUGUUGGGUUGUCUGGCAAUCAGCGGCCUAUCUUCCGGGGACAUGUAACUGCCACGAACCGUGACAUUCCUGGGCCACCGUCCUAUCGAGCAACCAUACCGGAGAACGCUCCGCCAGGGUACAACGUUACACAAGUCAGUGCCACCGAUCCGGAUGGAUUGGAUGAGCUGUUGCGGUACAAGAUUGUGGGUGCCAGCGAUAAUUUCGUGAUUGAUGAUCACACUGGUCUUAUAACCGUCACACGGGACGCACGACUAGAUCGGGAUACCAAUCCAGAAACUUACGCGAUCGUCGUGAAUGCAAUUGAUGCAGGAUUCCCCAUCCCGGAGACGGCUACCACUACGGUAAACGUGAAGAUACAGGACAUUAAUGAUAAACCGCCCAAAUUUCCUCAACAAACGUACACCGCGUAUGUGUCCGAGCGGAGCCCUAUCGAUUCGGAAGUUCUGCGCGUCACUGCAAAGGAUACGGACCUUAACUCCAAAAUUGAGUACACCCUCGUCGAACCGAUCACGGCCGUUACCAAAGGAGGUAUUCCACUGCUGACGACCUCAACCUACGACUACCGUCAAGCAUUCCGCAUCGAUCGGAACGAUGGCACGAUCUUCGUAAACAACACGCUCAACUACAACUAUGCCGCGGUCAUAACGCUCACCGUAAGGGCCACCGAUACGAUGGCAGAAAUUAACCCAGAACGGCAAACCGAUCAAACCGAAGUGACGCUUUACGUACAGUCGUUUAAAGACACAAAUCCUCUUUUCAAAAACAAAGGAUGGUCCACGGUGCGUCCCAAGAUCGAGGUAAAGGUGAAGGAAGAAUCACCGGUCGGUAGUGUGGUGUUCCGCAUCGAAGCCGACGAUCCCGUAUCCGAUGUGCCGAUCACGGACUUUGAGCUCGUAAUGCAGGACGUUGAUGGGUUGUUUGCUUUGAACGAGCGUACGGGCGAAAUUAUGCUUCUACAGCGAUUGGACUACGAAACGUAUAAUAAAACUACCAUCGAUUUCGUCGUCAAAGCCAUCACAAGCAAUCGGAAGCGUCAUUCGCUUGCCUACGUUAACGUUACGGUUGAAAACGUUAACGAUAAUGCACCGAUCUUCGACCGCGAAUCUUAUCGCGUUACGGUGCUCGAAUCCGACCGUCAUCCGCACGUGGUAGCUACGGUAAAGGCUACCGAUCAGGAUGCGGUACGCACGGAGAAAGACACCCUGCUCGGCUAUAACGUGAUCACGUACAGUCUGUUCGGUUCACACGCGAAUCUAUUCACGAUCGAUAACCGGACGGGUGAGAUACGGAUUGCGCCCGGUCAGGUGCUGGAUCGUGAGAAACAAUCGGUACUGAAGCUGCUUGUCGUAGCGGAAGAUGCACCCGGACGUCCACAGGAAGCGAAGAAAACGACCGUCGAGGUAAUGGUGGAUGUGCUGGAUGUGAACGAUAAUGCACCAAUAUUCGGGCAGCGCUCGUACACGGCAGUGAUACCGGAGAACGUACUGGUGGAUACGUUUGUGGUCGCCAUCACGGCACACGAUCCGGACGAGGGUCUCGGUGGGGAAGUACGGUACGAUAUUCUAAACGAGGGUGAAGCAAAUGGACUGCUUCAAAUAAAUCCUAAAACUGGAGAAAUUAAAACAAAAGCAAUGCUCACCGGUAAGGGACGGGCAGAGCCGUACGAGUUGGUGAUCCGUGCACAGGACAGUGGAAAUCAAUUACCAAAGCAAAGUUCUCUGUACAACGAUGUAUCCUUUACGCUAUACAUAGGAGACAUUAGUGCGAACGAUGGCAUUCCAUUCUUCAUUGCACCGCAGGUCGGUCAAACAGCUAAUGUUACUGAGAACGCUACGGUUGGUGCACCAGUAUUCCAGGUGAUUGCAAGCGAUCCGGACAGUCCGGCCACACCGAGCGGCACUCUGCGUUAUCGCAUUCAAUCCGACAUUGAAGAUGCAAAAUCAUUUAAUAUCAAUGCGAAAACUGGUUUGAUCACUACAACCCGCUCACUGGAUCGGGAAAUAAAAUCUGCCUACAAUGUUAUUAUUGAAGUUAGCGAUAUGGGAGAACCACCGCAAGCGUCCACCGUGGUGCUACGCAUCAACGUUCUCGACAUUGACGAUCACGAGCCAAGGUUUGUGCGUGAAGUUGAAUCCCAGCCUUAUGAGCUGCAGAUAUUGGAAGAACAACCGGCCGGUACGAUCGUCGGUAACGUUUCAGCGCUGGAUGAAGAUAUCGGUCCGAACGGUGCCAUUGACUAUAUGAUCAUCGAGGGUAAUGAGUUGGGUUUGUUCAAUGUCACACGUACGGAAGAUAAUUUGGCGAUUUUACGCACUACCCAACCGCUCGAUCGUGAAACACUGGAAUCGAUCCGACUAACGGUUCGAUGCUUUAAGCACAAUACCGUACCGAGUACGCUAAUGCACGAUACAUACAACCGGCACGAUAAAUCCCAGCUGCAGUUGGUAGUUCGUGUGAUAGACAUUGACGAUCAUGCACCACGGUUCGAGCGAGAAAAUCAAACCAUCGGCAUUCGGCAUAACGUCCCGAUCGAUACGCCGAUAGCAAAUGGGCGUGCAUUUGAUGAAGAUCCAACCGCUCGCCCGAUUGUGUACACGAUCCAAAGCAUCAACUUUGUGCCACAGUUCUAUCGGCGGGACAAUCGCACCGAAGACUAUACCGGUGUGUUUAGCCUGAACGCAGAUACGGCGGAGAUCCGAACGAGGCGCAGUAUGUCCAACUUUGUCGAUGGCUAUUUCCAGCUGAGUGUACGCGCGGCCAACUCGGACGAUGCGGAUCGGAUCAGUGAAACGCAGAUGAAGAUCUUCGUCAUACGCGAUAAGUCACUGUUGCGCUUCGUGUUCGCCCGACCACCGACUGAGGUGAGCGGUGUGUUGGAUCGCUUUACGGUCGACAUGCAGGAACGGCUAGCGGAUGCCAACCUCGAGCUGUCUGUGUUUGACGCACAGGUACUGAGCCAUCCGGACCAUAGUCUCGACUUCAGUUCGACGAGUUCAUGCUUCCAGCUGACGCGCCACGGUUCGGCACUUACUCCGGUGGAGAUGAUGCGCAUCAUGGAUGGUGCAGAGAUGAAGGAUGCGCUAGCCGACGUGUAUCACCGAUAUUCGGUGCACAAGAUCGACUCUUGUGCGGUGGGUAAGAAACCACCCGCGACGGCACUGAUCGCUUCAUCUGGUACCUGGCUAGUGAUACUGGCGGGACUGAUAGGCUUUGCCGCUUUUGCCUCCACUAUGACGGCGUGCUGUCUUGCCAGAAGGUACAAAAGUCAGGUGCGAACAACGAUCAACUCGCAGCGAAUUGUUGGGUCCGACAUUUAUGGUAGCGCAACACCGGUGCUGUACACGGAACCCAUCUACGGUGCACUGUAGUAAACAGCCCGGGAAAGGCCAUGUUCACAAUGUUUUUCAAAAGUCUGUACAAACAAGUCAUAAGAUAGACACCCUAUUUCACUUUACCCAACACGACGAGUCUCUGUGUACGAAGCUUGCCGAGUUCCGUUCUUGUAGCAGCGAAACAAAACAUACCACAACUAUGCGCAUCGGACUAACCGAGGGUCAAGACCAUACGUUGUUUACCCCGUUUACCGGACAACAGAACAAUGGUCACCGAUGUAACAAAAAGACUAUAAAGGGAUGGGAGGAAAAUAUUUAUUCUACAUUUUAAGUGCCUUUGUACUGCCGUUCUUGCACACUGUGGUCGGCAACGGACGAAGAUCGGAAUGAUCCGUGAAGGUGAACGUGCAGAACGGAAACGUGCCAAACCAUGCAUCAAACUGUCCUCAAGCUCUUGCGAAUCGUUGCACGUCGUCUAGAGAAAUCCCUGGAGACAGAAGUUUUACUGUUUAAGGUGUUCAUUGUCCUUCGCUGGGCGCUGAGACACUUUUAGCAUUUUAGCUGGGUAGUAACGUGUGAAUUAACUGCAUUUGAUGUAUUUUGUAAAUAAAGAAGAAUAGAGUAACAUUUAAAAAAAUAACGGAAAGAAACGGUAUAUCGAGUUUAAUUCUUAAUUUAAUUUAUGAUAACUAAGCAGAAGAAGCUCAUCAUGUGAUAAACAUGUAAGUAUAAGUAAGAGUUCAAUGCAGCGGACAGAUACGAUCGCUAAAUAUUUCAAAUAAUGUCUACAUUAAAAUCUUCAAAUAUGCAGACAUGUGUCUAUUCAACGGAAUUGGAUAUUUUUAACUACAGACAUUAAGCCACUAACCAUUCGGCAUGAUAGGGUCAAUAAUCAAUAACAUAACUACAAAUUUUCGGUCUAAUACCAAGGUUUCGUAUC